AUCACGGAAAUUCGGUUCMAAAAAACCCGCGUGCGUUAUUCCAUUCAUCAUUUCUAUUUACGCUUUCACUUAGGAUUUUAAGAGCGCCGUUUCAAAAUGUCUGGAAAGUUGAGCAGACUAUUGAUUUUGAAAGCUCUUUUAGUAACAUUUCCAUAUUACUCUGAAUUACAAAUCUCGAGUUCUAAUGCUAAGUUUAGUGUUCACAACGAAUCCGUGAAAAUUUCACCAGGCGUUUACAGAAAUGGGACGUUUCUUCUUGGAGGGCUAUUUGCCAUCCAUUUUGCAGCUAAAAACUCGACGAACUCUCUAGAAUGUGUUGGACGGUGGAAUGGAAGRGGAUUCGAGGAAGCAAAAGCCAUGUUGUAUGCGAUUGAGAAGAUAAACAAUGACAAAAGUAUUCUCCCUGGAGUUAAGCUUGGAGCAGACCUCAAAGAUACUUGUAAUAGCGUUGAUUUUGCAAUCCGUAGUUCGUUGAAUUUUAGCUUUAUAGAUAAAAAUAUCCAGACGAAUAAGUGUCCUUUGAGAAAACAGUUGGAUAUUUCAGAUACUAUAGCAAUAAUUGGUCCAGGAACMAGCGAUGUAGCCAUCGCUAUUACGAACUUAGCGGGCCUUUUCCACAUUCCUGUCGUCGACUUUUCAUCCACAAGUCGACUUCUGAGCAACCGUAUUCGCUUCAAAUAUUUCUUAAGGACAGUUUCGUCUGAUAUUCUAUUAUCAAAAGCGAUUGUUGAUUUGAUGCUUAGAUUUGGAUGGAACUUCAUUCAUAUUUUGUAUUCGGAUACAGAUUACGGACGCUCUGCUUUUGAGACUUUUGAGUACGUCCUUACCAAGAAUUCAAUGGCUGCAAAGAUCUGCAAAGCAACGAAAGCUUCGUUCAACAUCCAUUCAAGUAAAAAACAUCUGAAUCAAAUCGUCRAUGACAUUAAAUCCGAGCGACAAGCAAGAGGAGUCGUUCUGUUUACCACAAUACAAGACAUAGAGUUGAUCUUGAACAAGUUCGACGAAGAGAAUAUGAAAGACUACGUUUUCAUCUCGCCUGAUUAUUUUAGCGGUUCUAUCAAGCAAUUUAAUUGCUCACCUCGGAUGUUAAGGCGUUUAAUCGGUAUCGUUCCUCAUACAAACGAAGGAGUUUCWGUCCAUGAUAUUGUUGAAGAGUUCUCUUCAAAAUAUAUCAAGGAAUCUUUGCGGAAUACAAGGUGGGAGGAAGAGAGUCGAUAUGAAACUACAAGGUUUUGCCAUUCGCUGUUCGUUCCUUACGUAAUUGAUGCUGUUUAUGCUGUUGCAUAUGGAUUGCAUAAUAUAUUGAAUUGCAGUCAAGCAACUGGAUGCGGAAAUGCAGUGCAGAGAUUUGCAGAGUUAAACAGGAAUGGAGACGCCUUUCUUCAAAGUAUUCAGUCAGUCCGAUUCAAAGGYCUAACACGUGACCCAGUGUCGUUUACCAAACAUGGYGACAGCGAUGGAACGUACGACAUCAACAUCGUAAAUCCGCUGACCGAUACGUGGAUGAAGUUUGGCUCAUGGACGUCAAAUAUAUCUUACGAAGAUGGCGAUGAUGCUGUUAUUGGGAAUUUUUCUGUGCUGACGAUAGACGAACRAAUGCUUUGGGAAAUAUGGAACACGACGUACAAUGUUAGUGGGAUUCCUGUGUCARUCUGUGGAAGAAAAUGUCCGCCAGGGCACUGGAUGCGAAGCGAAGAGCAUCAUCAGACUUGCUGCUGGAAAUGCGAGCCGUGUACACGCAACCUCAUCUCCAACAAUCCCGUGAACACUAGCUGCAGAAAGUGUCCUCCACGCUAUUGGCCAAACRCCAACCACUCAUCGUGCAACCCAAUCGUCCCAACCUCAGUCCUCAUUACAGAUACUCCCGGAAUCGCCAUUGCCAUAGCAACAACACUUGGCUCAAUAACAGURAUUUUCGUUGCCAUGGUAUUCUUUUAUUACGGCGAUACGCAUAUCGUACGGUCUUCGAGCAAGAGGCUUUGUUUUGUCAUGUUGUGUGGGAUUUUGUUGGGUUAUGCGACGUCGUUGGCUUUGUUGUUUGAGAAGAGUGAGGAGUUGUGUAGGAUCGUUUUGUUUUCGUUUAGUAUCAGUUUUUGUAUUAUUGUGGGGACAUUGUUGACCAAGACCAAUCGUAUUCAUCGGAUUUUCAGCAAGAAAGCGAUGCGAAAUGGUACACCUCCAUUCCUAAGCGACAAUUGGAUGUUAUUAUUCAUAGCUGGCUUCGUAAUCGUAGAGGUGAUGAUCUGUAUCCUUAUUGUCAUGACAUCUGAGAAUACUUUAAUGGAGACGAUAUACACCGAAGUAUCAAACGAAGCCUUCGUUCAAUGUAAAUUCACUGCAACUUACGCCAACUACAACAUGGCAAUAUGGUGGACUUACAACACUGGUAUCGUACUAGUAUGUACCUACCAAGCYUAUCUUACAAGAAAAGUCCCUGGAAGUCAUAACGAAGCGAGAUUCAUUGCAUUUACAAUGAUAACAAUAUCAACCGAUGUUUUAGUGUUUUUUCUCUCUUUUUAUGGAACCGAAGGACGCUAUAAAGACAUUCUUGUCAGCACGUUUUUGAUUAUUGCUGUAACAGUGACGCUCUGCUGURUUUUCCUGCCGAAAGUUUACGUCAUUUUACUAAAACCAGAAAAAAAUGUCGAUCUAAACCCGGUCAGGAGUAUGGGAACUAUAGAUACUCCCGAAACCGAAAUGAGAAAAAUCAGUCAUAUGAGUCAGCGGUCUUGCACGUCGUAUUUGAGUUCGUCAUCGACUACUAGUGGCCCGGAUCAGGAGAAUUCGAAAUUUAUUCCCGAAAAAUAUCACGAAGAUGUUGUUGGCUUACCACAAAGAAAAGUGAGAAAAAUGUCAGUGUUUGGGRAAAAUGGUAUAUAUUUAAAUUCAAGCGAAGAUGUUUUGAACGGAAGGGAAAGUGGACCGACGAGUAUGGAGACGAUGUUGGAUGACGAYGAGCACGCUGGGAAUGGGGUCAGCGGUACACGUGGAAGGGUUUCCCGGAUGUUAUCGGAUAUAAGCGUUAAAAGUGUGCAUUUUGAAGAUGAAAAAGARCCGAGUGUGAUUCUAGAAGAAUAUGACCCGAGUUAUUUGGAUGAUUAUGAAUACAGAAGACGAAAAUCUACCAUAUAAACUGAUUUAUAUUUUAACUUUUUUUUUUAUUAUCACUUGUACUUAAUUGAGCAUAUUUUAGCUUAGGCCUAAGGUUUUAAAAUAUCAGCYGGACAACAUAUCAUUCUCUCAAAAAAAAAACAACCUAUGUUUCACUAGACCAUUUCACGGACCCCGUUACUCAACCUCAGCCUCGUCAGCGUGUAAUUAUUCUUUAGAAUUUGACUACAAUCCGCAGUAAUGAAAGGAAUUUACACAUCAACGAACAAUUGAAACACUUAAC